AUAUCUGGCAAGUCUGGGACCGGAAGUGGCCUGGAUUUCUGGUUGUUCCGGUAUUCUGGAUACAGUCUUGAUAUAUACUUAAAAUAUAAGCAUAAACUAUGAAGUGCUAAAUUGUAUUUAACCGAUUCAAAUCAAUACACUUCUAUGGCAGGAUUUGUUUGAUGCAUAUUAAUCCACUUAAAAUAUAUUAUAAUGUAUGCAAUAUAACGUUGAAAAUUAAACGAAGAAAAGUAAAGAACAUAUCCGAUUUUAUUUAACAGACACAAGAGUAUAUUAAUCCACUUAAAAAAGUGACCAAUUGCAAAAGCAGAGUCUGGUAACCCAAUACACGGACGGUAUAUUACACGGUGUUGGACAGUUUACCGGAUUUCUGGGAGCCGGAUAAGAAGUCCGGCACUGUGUUUGUUCUGCAAUCCAUAGUGAAGCUCUCCUCGUUCGGGAGGUAGAAACAGUGUUACAAAAUGGCAGACGAUGUGGAAAUCGACGUCGAGGGAGAUUUUGACUUCAAACUCGAACCAAAUGGAAUCAUUGCAUAUGAUGUUAAUGAGUUACCAUCGAAAAGUGCCAAUCUGUUACCAGAAUACACCAAUCCUCCAUGGAUGUUGGAACAAGGGUGGACUUUGGACAGUUGUAUGGAUGAAAAGUCGAAAGCCACAAUUGAGAAAAUGUUACAAGAAGAACAAUAUUACAUGAAUGGAAAAGGUGUUGCCAAAAUAAUUCAUGAAAAAUCGCCAAAAACUCCUGUCAAACGCAAACCAGUAACUAACAAGAAGUUAUGGACAGCCGAUGAGAAGAAACUCUUUCAACAAGGAUUGGAGCUCUAUGGAAGGAGUUGGAAAAAAAUUGCUCUUCUCAUUCCUGAAAGAACGAGUUUACAAGUGAAGAAUUAUGCACAGCACUAUUUUAAGAAUAUGUUGAAACAAAAGCCUAAUGUAUCAGAGAAGCCGAUAAGUUUGCUGCAGCAUAAUUCAAUCAAAGACCCUCUGUCAACCACUCUAGCAUCUGUGACCACAGCACAACCCACUGUUUAUACUGUUAAUACAAAGAGGAAAAAGCCUCCUUCCCAUCAAAAUGGUAUGGUGUCACCACCUUGUAGUGUUGUUGUCAACUCCAUGGACUUGAUAUCUGUUAACAGCGACAAGAUGAACAUCUCCAUCACCAACCUUGAUGUUCUGACUCCACUUGACCAAAACAAAGCCACAUUGAAUAGUGAGUCUGAGGAUGAAGACAUUGAUGUUGACAUUGAAAGUGUGGAUAACUUGGAAAACAACCAAGUCUUGAACAAUCGGUCAGCAUCUCCAAACUCUGUCUAUUUCGCACUUUUGAAGUCUGCCAACAUCAAGAAACAGAAUUGUGCAAAAGUGAAAAAGAAACUGCCUCCGUCUAAUCCAGUCUGCAUUAAUGUAGCCCAGACCUGUGUCAAUGGGAAUUCAUUGGUGAAACCUGAUCCUGUGGUGCCAUUGGCACAACCCUGUCCUCAGCCUGUUGAUAAUGAUGCAGCUCCUGGUCCCGAAAUUGACUGUGAUACAGAUAUGACAAAGAACCCACAAGAUGAGGAACUGGCUUCACCAGCUGUAGAUGAAACAGAGGAAAUGGAUAAUUUUGACAGCCUUUCUGAAGACAAAGCAAUCCCUUGCAUAGUACCGAGUGAAGAAGUAGUCCUUGACUAUGAACAUAUCAGUGAAGAAGAAAAAAAGGCUUUUCCAGAAUUCUUUGAUGGAAGACUUUCCAAAACACCACAACGAUAUUUGAAAAUUAGGAAUUACAUGUUGGAUUGCUGGAAAGCUUGCAAACCUUCAUUCUUAAAUAAAACCUCAGUCCGUCCUGGUUUGAAAAACUGCGGAGAUGUGAACUGCAUAGGUAAAAUCCAUACUUAUAUUGAAGGCAUUGGCGCCAUAAAUUUUGGAUGUGAACAAGCAUUUUACAAUCAGCUACCAAAAUCUUCAACAUCAACAACGAAGAAGACAUGUGCAAGUGAAGAGGUUCAGGACCAGCAGGCUAGCAAGUUAGAUGCUAUGAGACCCAGACGAAAGCGUGUAAAAGAUGAUGAGGGUUUCUGGGUUUGUGAUACAAUUUUUAAAGACAAAACAGCCGAGAACAAGGAAUGUAAUAAAGCCUCCCAACCCAAAAUGAGCCGAACUAAACUUAUUGAAGAUCCAUUCCGGUUAAUUCCAUGCCAGAUGUUCCCAGAAGAAAUGGCUCCUUUACAUAUAGAUAUUGAAUCCUCUGCUCUAAUCACCAUGGAUGUACACGCCCAUAUGUUUAAAACAGAAGUAGUUGGGCUUUUAGGAGGGGAGUGUUCUCCCGAAGGCAACCACAUGAAAAUAAAAACUGCUAUGCCUUGUCGGAGUAUAAGUACAGGUAUUCAGUGUGAAAUGGAUGCAGUGUCUCAAACUGAAGUGGGUACCGUCAUAACUGAGUUAGGACAGUCCGUAGUUGGAUGGUAUCAUUCACACCCUACAUUUGCAGCCAACCCUUCCACUAGGGAUAUUGAAAGUCAACUAAAAUAUCAGGAAUGGUUUGCUCGUGGUGGAUCAAAGUAUGUGGCUUUUAUUGUCAGUCCAUAUAUGGGCAAAGUUCAUUCUGAAAUGUGUUGUUUGACAGUUGAGAAAUCCAUGGAACCUGAUUUAAAACAUGUGCCUUUCAAACAUACAUACCAAGAACUGAAUAACGUUUUGGACAUGGAGAAAUGUCUGGACAUCAUAGAGCAGCUAUUGUCUGACCAACAUUCACAAAUGGAGAAUAAAAUUGACCUCAAUAAACUCUACGACCAUUCUACAGAAGUCACCUGUCUUUCAAAGAUGGUUAUGUCUAUUGGAAGCUACAUCUCAAAAGACCAUCCCCAGAGGCAGCAGUUUCUAGAAGCAGUUGAGAAAUGCUUUGAGAAGUCACCACAACUUCAGGAAGACUCUCUUCAAUUUAAUGCUGAUUUAAGCAAGGAAAAAUGACAGAAUAGAAUCUAGUUGUGACAGAAUAGAAUCUAGCCACUAACAAUGGCAUUCAAACUUAUUGCAUGUUUUGGAGAAAGAAAUUCCAUUUAGUUGUUUAUUAAUGGUUCAAUUCAAACAAAGUGCACUAAUUAUUGAUUGAUAAAAUCAAUACCAAUUUGUAAAAGGUACCUUUGUGUUAUUGACAGCAUCUGUGUACUGGAUAGUACUUGUGUGCUGAAAGAUAUUUUGUGCCGGAAGAUACUUGUGUCCUGGCCGGUACCUGUGUGCAGGAAGGUACCUUUGUGUUGAAAGGGAUCUGUGUGUUGGAAGGUACCUGUGUGCUGGAAGAUAUUUUGUACUGGACGAUACCUGUGUGCUGGAAGGUACUUGUGUGUUAGAUAGUACCUGUAUGCUGGGAAGUACCUUUGUAUUGGAUGGUAUCUGUGUGCUGGAAGGUACCUUUGUGUUGGAAGGUACCUGUGUGCUGGAAGGUACUUGUGUGCUGGGCAGUACCUGUGUGCUGGAAGGUCCCUGUGUUCGAAGGGAUCUAUGUGUUGGAUGGUGACUGUGUACUGGAAGGUACCUGGAUGCUGGAAAUACCUUUGAGAUGAAAGGUACCUUAGUGGUGGAAGAUACCAUUGUGCUGGGAGGUAGCUAUGACUUUCACUGGGCCCCUCUGUUCAAGUCAGGUCAUGGUAUACAGCUUAGGUUUUAAUUUUCAUCAAUUAAGAGACUAUAUGAUAUCCUGGGCGUUAUUGUUAGGCUAGUAGCCAUUUUGCUAUGCUGUAAGGACUACUACAUUAGUUCAACUGUAUUCAAGGACAUUGGUGGUUGGGGGUUUAUCCAAAAGAUAAAAAAA